CGGCGCCGCUGCGGGGCCAGUCGGGACGGAGGAGACAAGAUGGCGCUAAGGGUGAUGCGGGGCAUCGUGAACGGGGCCGCGCCUGAGCUUCCUGUACCCACCAGUGGGCCCAUGGCGGGGUCUCGAGAACAGGCGCUGGCAGUUAGCCGGAACUACCUCUCCCAGCCUCGUCUCACAUACAAGACGGUAUCAGGAGUUAAUGGUCCACUAGUGAUCUUAGAUCAUGUUAAGUUUCCCAGAUAUGCUGAGAUUGUGCACUUAACACUACCUGAUGGCACGAAGAGGAGUGGGCAAGUUCUAGAAGUUAGUGGUUCCAAAGCAGUGGUUCAGGUAUUUGAAGGGACUUCAGGUAUAGAUGCCAAGAAGACAUCCUGUGAGUUUACUGGGGAUAUUCUCCGAACGCCAGUGUCUGAGGAUAUGCUUGGUCGGGUAUUCAAUGGCUCAGGAAAACCCAUCGACAGAGGUCCUGUUGUACUUGCUGAAGACUUCCUUGAUAUCAUGGGCCAGCCAAUCAAUCCUCAGUGUCGGAUCUAUCCAGAGGAGAUGAUUCAGACCGGCAUUUCGGCCAUAGAUGGCAUGAACAGUAUUGCUAGGGGGCAGAAAAUUCCUAUCUUCUCUGCUGCUGGCUUACCGCACAAUGAGAUUGCAGCUCAAAUCUGUCGCCAGGCUGGUUUGGUAAAAAAAUCCAAAGAUGUAGUGGACUACAGUGAGGAAAAUUUUGCGAUUGUAUUUGCUGCUAUGGGUGUAAGUAUUAUCUUUUUCUGUUUUAGUAUGAAAUGUAAAAGUGCUUGUGUUCUUAGAACAAUAUAGAAAACUACACAUAUA